CUCUCCUGUGCUACGACAAACACUUGUCUUGUACACCAGUCUUUAAUUACAUGGCUCCAAGGAAAUCUAGCGCUUCCCCGGCGUCGUCCAAGGCGAAGAGCGUACCGUCACCACCUCUCAAACAGGGCACGCUUGGCUUCGCCUCCACGAAGCGUGCAGCAUCGACCAAUAGCCUAGCGAAAGGCAAGGUUGCCCGCCCCGCACCUAAACGGGCGCGCUCCUCUACGGCUGAGGAGCGCUUUCAGGAUAUCAUAGAGAUUGGCGAUAGCGAUGUCGAGCUUGAGCCCCUCUCCUCCGAAAGCGAUAUUGCGGAAGAAGACGUUGGCCGUAUGAAGGCAACGAGGCCGACGCGGACGUCGACCGCGGACGAGCAGCGUGUCCAGAAGAGAAGGCGUAUCGGGACGACGGAAGUGUUUGGUUCUAGGGAUGGCGCUGAGAACGCUGAAGGUAGAAGGGGCGCCCUCGGCAAGAAGGCGAACGGUGGAGAGGAGGUAGCGGAGGUGACGAGGAAGGAGCGACUGGAUCCGGCCGACAGCCGCUGGAUAUCGCAUUACGGGGAAGUGAGAGAGCUCAUGGGCAACUUGGAACCCGGGUCCCCCUUUGCGCCUUCGCCCAGCAAUGCCGUCAGACCCACUGCCUCGCAGCCUGCGAUUCCGCUUGGCUUUGCUGGUCAGUCGUUUGCGACAGGACUGUCAACCAGCGUGCCCAACCCGCCCGCCACGUUGACGCAGCGUAUCAAAAGUGACGUGCGUCGCGCGGUUGUUAGCGUAGGCGCGGAACCCGGUAUCGACCCGCGACGGGCUUCUGCAAACGUGCACUAUGGAUACAUUCACCAGCAGUGCGAUAUUGAAGUCAUCGACUACUCCCCGGACCAAUGCAGCUUUGGACACAUGAAGAAUCAGCAGCUGAUCGAAAUGUUGCAAGAUUCGGCGGCCAGCGAGAGGGAGCCAUGGGCGAACGUACGUUGGAUAAACAUCGGGGGUAUUAGCUGGGACGUCAUUAGCGCAAUGGCGCUGCGGUAUGACAUGCAUCCUCUCGCCAUCGAGGACCUUAUUCAUCAACAUGGGCGUGCGCGGUCGAAGGCCGACUACUAUCCUAAACACUUGUUCAUGCGUAUAUUGUGCCACAGACUCGCUCCAGACGACGAUAUGUCCCUCGAUGCCUCACUGGGACAUGUUCCGCUUGACCCGUCCGCUAUACCCCGCACGGCGUCUCCGGAACCCAUGGAUAUGGAUCACUACGACGAGAAAGGUCUUGAGUCCAUGGACGAGGGCCGGACGAUGCACAACAGUCCCGGUGUGGGAGCGAAGGACAAGGGCAUUGGCGCUAGAGAUGUAGAAUCAUCCCCAGCGGAUAGACCUGUGCGCCCCAGACCCGUUGCACGCCAUUCGUCAUGGUCCUCUACGCUGCUCCACUUUGCGAAAAAGAAACAACAACAUGCCGCGGACUGGAAGCUCAUCCAGAAACUGAAGCGGGGCGAGCGCAUCAACGUGAAACUAAACCCAAUAUCUAUCUUCCUAUUUCGCGAUGGGACCGUCAUCUCUAUAUCGCAAGAUCCUGAGGUCGACUUUACAGCACCCAUCCGCGAUCGUUUACGCCAGUCGGAUACUAGUCUGCGGAUGACUGCGGAUCCGUCUCUUCUUGUUGAGAGUCUCAUCGAUCUCAUCGUCGAUCAAGCGCUCGUUGUAGUUGAGGAAUAUCAGGGCAAGAUACUCAAGAUCGAGAAGGCUGUCUUAUUGAAGCCUGACAUGAAGACUGUCACGUCAUUACACAUGCUCCAGGAAGACUUGAUUUUGCAUAAACGCACGCUUGAGCCAAUCAAAACCCUUGUGAAUGGCCUCAGGCGGUAUGAUGCCGACCGCGCUGCCGCUAUCGCGCUGAAAGAGGACUUUGGACAAGAUUCCGCAAUUCGCCCUGCAGGUUUUAUGAGCGACAAGGCGCGAAUAUACCUGGCGGACGUCUAUGAUCACUUGGAAUAUAUACUGAACAGUCUGGACAUGUUCGCCAGCGUGAGUGACAACCUGAUCAACUACACCUGCAACAUGGUGUCUUAUCAAAUGAAUGAGGUUAUGCGGCGGCUCACACUCAUUACCAUGAUCUUCUUGCCCCUCAGCUUCCUGUCUGGGUAUUUCGGUAUGAACUUCUCGAUGUGGUCAACAGGGAAGCACACCGACGUCUUUUACUGGGAAGUCUCGCUCCCUGUAAUGGUCGUCCUUUUGCCCAUGUUCAUGAUGCCGGAUCUCAAGCGGAUGUGGCACUAUGCAGAGAAACGGGUCAUCAAACUGCAUGUGAAUAAGGAUGCGCAGUGA